UUGAUUUGGCUUCUUGCUGCAGUUGUGCAAACCUCUCAGAAAUCAGGCUCAACGGUUUCCCUUGCACCGUGAUGCUGGAAAGUCUCAACUGAGCCCCUGAUGGUGUGAGAGAGGGAAGGGGGAAGCCCAUCCGAUUCCAUUGCAACCUGGGAUGCACUCCCCCACUCCCCCUGGCAGCUGCGAGGCAGAGCAGAGGUUUCUUAGCAAGCCGGGCAAGUUGGACUGACAUGCAGGGAAGGAUCCCCCCACCUCCCCUCUCCAGGCAGUGAUUAACCGCGGGAUGCAAUGAGCUCUGUUUAACCACGGGAAGGAUCUGUCGUGGGGAGCAAGCGGAACCCCCCAAAGUCCCAAAGGCAAGCCGGAGGGAUUCCUGGCCUUGUAAUAAGAAGACCUGUUGCAUCUACACAAUAGAAGCUAAAUCUUGUGUAUGGCGUUGUUAAGGUUGCAGCCUCUCACCUCAGCCUUCCUCCAUUUUGGGCUCGUUACCUUUGUGCUAUUUUUGCAUGGCUUGCAGGUGGAUGCUGGCUUGACUGGAGAUUCACCAAAUAUUGGACAAAACAACUCAUGCGCAGGAUCAUUUGACUGCAAGGAGGGUGUUAUCUUGCCAAUAUGGUACCCAGAAAACCCAUCCCUUGGGGACAAAAUUGCCAGGGUAAUUGUUUAUUUUGUAGCACUUAUCUAUAUGUUCCUUGGAGUUUCCAUCAUUGCAGAUCGGUUCAUGGCAUCUAUAGAAGUCAUUACAUCACAAGAGAAAGAAAUUACAAUCAAGAAGCCCAAUGGAGAGACCACUACCACUACUAUUCGGAUUUGGAACGAAACUGUUUCCAACCUGACCCUCAUGGCUCUAGGUUCCUCUGCUCCUGAGAUCCUUCUCUCGUUGAUAGAGGUUUGUGGGCAUGGAUUCAUAGCUGGAGACCUGGGACCUUCUACCAUUGUUGGUAGUGCUGCUUUCAAUAUGUUUAUCAUCAUAGCCAUUUGUGUCUACGUGAUCCCUGAUGGGGAAACCCGAAAGAUAAAACACCUCCGUGUUUUCUUUGUCACAGCUGCUUGGAGCAUCUUUGCUUAUAUCUGGUUGUACAUGAUCCUGGCAGUCUUUUCCCCAGGUGUGGUACAGGUGUGGGAAGGUUUGCUCACUCUAUUCUUCUUCCCUCUGUGCGUCCUUCUGGCAUGGGUGGCAGACAGGCGGCUGCUUUUCUAUAAGUACAUGCACAAAAGAUACCGCACUGACAAGCACAGGGGUAUUAUCAUAGAAUCGGAAGGUGAUCACACCAAGGGAAUUGAAAUGGAUGGCAAGAUGAUGAACUCCCACUUUCUGGAUGGAAACUUAGUGACUAUGGAGGGGAAGGAGGUAGAUGAAUCUCGCAAAGAGAUGAUCCGAAUCCUCAAGGAUCUGAAGCAAAAGCACCCAGAAAAGGACUUGGACCAGCUGGUAGAGAUGGCCAACUAUUAUGCCUUAUCUCACCAGCAGAAAAGCAGAGCUUUCUAUCGCAUCCAGGCUACCAGAAUGAUGACUGGAGCUGGCAACAUUUUGAAGAAGCAUGCAGCUGAGCAAGCCAAGAAGAGCACUAGUUUGCAUGAGAUUUGUCCAGAAGAGCCUGAGGAAUUCAUCUCCAGAGUGUGCUUUGACCCUUGCUCCUACCAGUGUUUGGAGAACUGUGGUGCCGUCCUCUUGACAGUGGUACGGAAGGGAGGAGACAUAUCUAAGACCAUCUAUGUGGACUACAAAACAGAGGAUGGCUCUGCCAAUGCUGGUGCUGACUAUGAAUUCACAGAAGGAACAGUAGUCCUGAAAUCGGGGGAGACCCAGAAGGAAUUCUCUGUAGGAAUUAUUGAUGAUGACAUCUUUGAGGAAGAUGAACAUUUCUUUGUGCGCCUCAGUAACCUCCGUGUGGUAGAGAUGGAGGAAACUCCAGAGCUCAACAGCUCACCAUAUCCAAAGGCCAUACUCUCCUCUCCUUGUGUGGCCACAGUGACUAUUUUGGAUGAUGACCAUGCAGGCAUCUUUACAUUUGAGUGUGAUGUGAUACAUGUCAGUGAGAGCAUCGGUGUGAUGGAGGUGAAAGUCCUAAGGACAUCAGGUGCUCGAGGUACAGUCAUAGUCCCAUUUAGGACAGUGGAAGGGACAGCAAAAGGAGGUGGAGAGGAUUUUGAAGAUACUUUUGGGGAGCUGGAGUUCAAAAAUGAUGAAACUGUCAAAACAGUUCACAUCAAGGUAAUUGAUGAUGAGGAGUAUGAGAAAAACAAGAAUUUCUUCAUUGAGCUGAUGAGCCCACGCAUGGUGGAUAUGAGUUUACAGAAAGCGCUGCUGCUUACCCAAGAAGUGGCAGACAGGAAGCUGACAGUUGAAGAGGAAGAAGCCAAGCGGAUCGCAGAGAUGGGCAAGCCAGUGUUGGGCGAGCACCCCAAACUAGAAGUCAUCAUUGAGGAGUCCUAUGAAUUCAAGAGUACUGUGGACAAGCUGAUUAAGAAGACAAACCUGGCUUUGGUUGUAGGGACACAUUCCUGGAGGGACCAGUUCAUGGAAGCCAUAACUGUCAGUGCAGCGGGCGAUGAAGAUGAAGAUGAGUCUGGCGAGGAGCGCCUGCCAUCCUGCUUUGACUAUGUCAUGCACUUCCUGACUGUCUUCUGGAAGGUGCUCUUUGCCUGCGUACCACCAACAGAAUACUGCAAUGGCUGGGCCUGUUUCGUGGUGUCCAUCAUGAUCAUUGGCAUGCUCACUGCCGUCAUUGGAGACCUUGCCUCUCACUUUGGCUGCACCAUUGGCCUCAAGGACUCAGUGACUGCUGUGGUGUUUGUAGCCUUUGGCACCUCAGUACCAGAUACCUUUGCCAGCAAAGCAGCUGCCACCCAGGAUGUGUAUGCUGAUGCUUCAAUCGGUAACGUCACAGGCAGCAAUGCCGUCAACGUUUUCUUGGGCAUUGGACUUGCAUGGUCAGUGGCUGCCAUCUACUGGGCAUCCCAGGGACAAGAGUUCCACGUGUCAGCGGGCACACUGGCCUUCUCCGUCACACUUUUCACCAUCUUUGCUUUCAUCUGCAUCAGCAUCCUACUGUAUCGGAGACGGCCUCACCUCGGAGGGGAGCUAGGAGGCCCCAAGGGGUGCAAACUCGCCACGACUUUGCUCCUUGUGAGCCUGUGGCUACUGUACAUUCUUUUUGCCACCCUGGAGGCCUAUUGCUACAUCAAAGGGUUCUAAGUGGUGGAGAGAUGAUGAAGUCAGGGGGAGGGAUUCCCCCUCCUCUGUUACCUCACUGGACACCAGUCCUCAAAAGUGUUGUUAAACCAGAAGUGACAGCACUCAGUCAGAGUCCACACCUGCCCAGACUCUAAGACAACUGGGCUUCAAAAAGGGCAAAAUCAUCAUGAAACAAACAAGAUUUACAAAAAAAAAUUAAAAAAUAAAAAAAAUUAUCAAUUAAAGCAUUCAAAUACAAGUAAAAUAAAGCCAGCCAGUGAUCGUCAGAGUCUUCAGCCACCUUCAACCAUCACACUUCCUUUAUUUUUGGCUUUCUUCUUUUUUUAAUCCCUUCUAUUUUGAAAUGAUGCCAUAUAUUUUUAAACAGAUUGGGAAUUGCAAGAAUAAAUUGGAGCCUGUUUUGGGUUUUUUUUUACUUUCAGCGGGUGGGAGAAGCAUGUUGCUUGAAUUAUUUUCUUUCUCUCUCUCUCCCUCUCUCUCUUUUUUUUUAAAGUGGACAAAAAUAUCAAAAGCUUCAUGCUGCCAUGGAUGCUGGAGUUAUAUUUUGAAGCUGCAAACAACUCAGUCCACAGUCUCCUUGUUUAUCCAUUCUCCUCCUCAUUUCAUUUCAUUUAGUUCUUCCUCUUUUUUUAAAAGUACAUUGUUGGACUGAUUUAGUUUAAAUGCAAACACACACAAGAAAACACAGUGAUGAAGGCUGGAGCAUGAAGCAACCCAAUCACCUGCCUGGGCUAAGAAAAAGAAAGAAAAAAUAGACAACAUAAUCCGUAUCCUGUAUAUUUUGAAUAUGGCAUUUCUCUUUGUAUAAUUAACUUACAGCUUGUGGUUCUGCAGAGAGAGAAGAAUAUGUUCAUUUCCGAAAGUAAAGGAAUGAAUGGCUACAUGGAAAUAGCCUGCAAAGUGGGGGGAAAGGGAGCUAGGGACACCAGCCCUUGUUCCUUGCCAUCACAGUAGUAUUACAUUUGAUUUACAGGAGGGCAUUCCUUUUUUUUCUUUAAAGUGAAGAUGAAGUCAUGUAAAUAAUUUGCUGUUCUCACAUUUUGGUGAAUAUAAGAAGCUUCAAAGGCUUGAGCCAUUCAAAUGUUUCUGAGCAUCAGCCUAAAGGUUUACCUUGUUCUUAAAAACAAACCCGUGUUUACUGACGAGAUAAGGAUCCUGGUCACUCCUCACAACCCCACUCUUGGUGUCAUGGUCAGUCGAUGUCUCCACUGCUUUAAGGCUGAGUUUGUCCUCCUGGCUGAGGACACACAUCUGGUUACCAUAACUCACAGGCAUUGGAUAUGCUGAGCAGAGAUCACAACUAUCUCCUUUUUGAAAAAGAGCCCCAAAAAAACACAAAACAAAAAAACCCCCCAAAAUUGCGUGACAGUAUUUCUCCCUGUGCACGUGGCAUUUCCCAUCCUGAUCUGCAUUGUGUCUGCCAUUUUGCUCCUUUAAAACAACCUCUUUUCAAAGAGUCAGUGCUCCACUCAUGAUGUUUGCUAGAUUGAGAGGUACGGUCUUAACAAAACUGCCACAGAUCUUAAGACUUCUGCAGCAUCUUAAGUACAUUUUAGGAAAAGCACCUUUUUCAUUUGAAGUGCAUUUUUUA